CUAAGAAAUGGCAUCCCUUGUUCUCGCACUAAAACAAUAAAAAAGGAUUUCCCUCUUAAUCUUCUUCUUCCCCAACUUCUUACCUUAUCGUUGAGAAAUGAAAGCUUUUGACAUGGCGACCUGUUUUGACGACACCUUAUUGGACUUCACCUCCGACGUCGGAGAAGAAGAAGACGAAGGAGACAACAACAAAUCCUCAAAGAUUAACUCUUCCUCCUCCUCUUCUCUUAACCGUAACAACUCUUCUUUUUCAGAAUUUGCGGAGGAAGAACCGGAAUGGUUAUCAAACAAGGAUGCAUUUCCAGCAGUGGAGACGUCGUUUGUGGAUGUUAUAGCGACGGCGACAAACCAGCGGAGCUCGAUGUCAGUAACCUUAACAAACAGUAACAUCGUAAUGUAUUGUGUAGGCAACGUCAAGAUCCCGGUAAAAGCGAGGUCGAAGCGUCUCCGCAAAUGUAGGGAGCAGGGGAACAGAUGGUGGUGGGUUCAUGAGAAAGUGACCACCACCACAGCCAAGGGGAACCAUUGGAGGAGCAUGGGAAGGAAAUGUCAGCAUUGUGGUGCCGAAAAGACACCGCAAUGGAGGGCAGGGCCACUCGGGCCUAAAACGCUCUGCAAUGCUUGUGGAGUGAGGUAUAAGUCGGGGCGUUUGGUGCCAGAGUAUCGUCCGGCAAGCAGCCCAACGUUUUCAAGUAAGUUGCAUUCGAAUUCACAUAAGAAGAUAUUGGAAAUGAGGAGGCAUAAGCAGUUAUAGUCUUAUGGUGAGCUUGAGCACUGCCUUCUUUUCCCCUCUCAAUCACUUUUUUAAAAUUUUGGGUCUCUCUUUUUUCCUUUUAUUUUUUUUAAGUUAGUUUAGGAGUUUGGUUGUAAUGGGUUUGGAUGAUAUUAGUGAAAGUUACUCCUUUUUUUCUUCUGUUUUUGAUGAAAUUGCAAACCUAUUUGGCAAGUUUUGACUUUAGUGUGUUUUGGUUGGUUGAUUAGGAGGGAAAAAGAAAAAUGGUGGUAUAACUUUUAAUUGCCUUUGUCUAUUGUUUGAAUACUUUUUGGUCAAAAUGUGGGUGUGUUUGCUUGGGAAAUGGGAAAGUUUCCGUACAAGGUUGUAAGAAUCGGGUAAU